UACUUACUGAGCUGUGCUGCUUCUUCCAACUUGAAUCCUAGAAGUAGUAGGUACUGGAACGCGGGGCACUUGGACAAUCAGGAUUUCUACUAGAAUUCCUAGGGACUGUAGAGCCACCCUAUGCGAGCGACGGAGCGGCUCAUUUGCCAAGUCUGUUGAGAAGGAAGGCGUCUUGCCAAGUCUGGCAACCCAGCACAUUGCCUUCUGUUUGGACAGAAGCCACACACUCUGCAUCCAUGGCGACUUCCGCUCACGUUGCCAUGCGGCCGCAGGCCCUCUGGACCGGGGGGGGCCCCGCCUCCGCUAGAUCGGCUCCUGCAUUCAACCCGCUCCCCGCACAAGUUGGAUGCCCUCUGGCCACUAAGGAAAAAUGGCAGCGAAUGUGGGGGCAUGCAUCUCUGAGGGCGUCCCUCGACCUGGCAGACUCGAAAGAGGAAGCAGCUCGCAAGACGAGAACUCCUUCCCUUCCACAGCGGCGCUCGGUUCGGUGCCAGAGCGCGCCAAAGUCGAACAGUCCGCCACCUGUCGCCCUGAAGCACUACCUCACCCCCAUCAGCGCGGAUGUCAAAAAGGAGGAGAGCAUGGUCUACCGGCGCACUGUCUUCGGCCACCCCGAGUGGCUGCGCCACAGGAGCAGCACGCGGCACUACCGCCACAUACUCAGCAUCAGUUCGUCACGCGUUAUCUUGGCCUUGGGGCCCCCAGUCCUGGCUCUGACAGGUGGCGCCCUUGCGAUGGCUCUGUACAAUGAGGCCAUUGUUCAUGAUAUUCUCCCGCACGAGCUUCCCCUGCUGAAAGCAUCUGCACUCCCGCUUCAGCUGACAGCCCCAGCCCUGGCGCUCCUGCUGGUCUUCCGGACAAAUGCGUCGUACUCCCGCUUCGACGAGGCGCGUAAGAUGUGGGGUGCGACGCUGAAUCGCGUCCGCGAUUUGGCGCGCCAGGCGCUGUCCUACAUGGACGACAACGAGGAGCGGGAGGAAGUGCUGCGCUAUCUGAUGGCCUUCCCGUACGCGUUCAAGAACCACUUGCUGCGCGAGGACCACAUUGUCGAUGACAUGCGGAACGUUGGACUGAACUCCGACGAGAUCGAGAUCUUGACGUCGACGGAGCACCGGCCGAACUACUGCCUGCAAGUCAUGUCCCAAGUCAUCUCCAAGAACACUGACCUCACCGACUUUCAGCGAGUUAACCUUGACCACAACCUGACCCACUUCCACGACCAAGUUGGAGGCUGCGAGCGUAUCUUCAAGACCCCCCUCCCCCUUUCCUACACGCGCCUGACCAGUCGUUUCCUAGUCCUGUGGCACUUCUUCUUGCCGCUCGCGCUUUGGGACGCGUGCCACUGGAUGGUUGUGCCGGCAACCUUCCUGUCCGCCGCCGCGCUCUUCUGCAUUGAAGAGGUCGGGGUGCUGAUUGAAGAGCCGUUCUCGAUCCUGCCCCUCCACGCGAUUUGCAACACCGCCGAGAAGAACGUCCGGGAGCUGACCCGGCUUCAGGGUGAGCAUCUGAACAAGCGCGCGAUCGGCGGGAAGAAGCAGGCGCAGCUCAACGGGGCGUCUCAGAACGGGGUUGCGGACGGGGCUGCCGCGCGCCGGACGAACGUCCAGGUGACAAACUGAUGCAUUGCAGUUGCUACUUAAGCACCUGCCGUUGGCCGAUGCGGAGGCCUUGGAGAAGAAAUACAGUUGAUCUGGUCUGGAAUAGGGGGAAGAUCAAUUCCCAGAUGUCACGCCUUGGGUUGCUUGCUUGAGUCGACUAAGACUCCAAGUGAUUGUAUGCCAUGACCAGGUAGUCUGCAGAGAAUCAGCCAUGUUAGUCAUGCUGCUUCGAUGUUAGUUUUGCUCAAUAGGUAGGUAGUAUCAGUGUUUGAUUGAUCAAACUCUUAUCUCUGCGCUUGGGUGGCACAGACGCGGGCGCCUAAGCUUGUACUGAUAAAUUUUAUAUAGGGUCAAACCACUGCCAUGUAUGUUCGAAGAAAGUGUGUUCAGUUGUUCCGCGGAUGCAAGA